CGUCUCUUGUGGGGAACAGUCACCCUUUGCUGUACAAGCUGAAGGAGAUGAAUGGAGUGAUCAUUCAGAACAUGAGGAGGAUACAUCUUAUCGACUGUUUGAUGCCUCAGAUUAUCAACCUCUUGCUCUUAGAGUAUUGCACACCCUUGGUCUCCAAGCUACACCACCGGCAGCUACCACUCCUGCUAUUAAAGGGGCCAGGGUCUUGAAAUCCCCCGCACCAGCAGAGCACUACCUUCCGGUGCCAGAUCCCAUUGCUAAACUGGCCAACGACGAAUGGUCUCAUCCACUACAAACUCGCUGCUUCAACGCACUUGCGGAUAGACUUUAUUCUCUGGCUCCGGACUUUACCAGCAGACUGGCCGUCCCUGGCAUAGACGAGCCCAUCUCCAGUCUAGUCUCUAGAUCCCUUUUGCCGAGGAAGGAGAUUCCCAUCUAAAGGACGCCACUGAGCGGAGGCUGGACUUUGCCUUACGCAAGAAUCAUGAGGCCACCGCCUUCUCCAUGCGAGCCUCUGCAUCAGCUUCCAUCUUCUCCAGGGCAGCGAUGAUGUGGUUGGAUGACCUUUUAGAGGAUGAUACUCCCGACCCUGUAUCUCUGAGGAGGUCACUGAUAAAAUUGCGCAAAACAGCGGCAUUUGUAGCUGAUGCCACCUUGGAUGCACAUCAACUGGGAGCACGAGCUAUGGCAGCUCAGGUAGUCGCUCGACGGACCCUAUGGCUCUGUCAUUGGCAAGCUGACUCUACAGCCAGAGUUAAUUUAUCAAGGGCACCUUACUCCGGAUCUUUACUCUUCGGCGAGGAAGCCCUAAAGGCAGUGCUUGUUGACCCCAAGGAUGCUCGAAAGCCUGUUCUGGCUACCGUUAAAAACGUUGAUCACAGGCCUUUCAGGCGUUUUACCCCUUACCGCCCGACCCAGCCCUUUCGAGGAACGCGGCCCGGAGGACGAGGCCGCGAAUUCCGUAAUUAUAAUUUCCGUCCCUUCAGGGGAACCUGGAACAGACGUUUCCUGAGCAGAGGUCAGUACCAAGGGCGCAGAGGUACCUCAACGUCCUCAUAUAGGGGAGGGUCUCGCCAGCACAAACAGUACUGACGCGAUACCGGUUGGAGGUAGACUGCUCCUGUUUGGGGAUCAUUGGCUGCAUCUGACUCAGGUCGCCUGGAUCAGAGAGCUUUUUAGUUAUGGCUAUGCAAUAGAAUUUUGGGCAACACCUCCAGACAAGUUUCAUCCUUCCCCUUGUCCCAGGGCACCAGCCAGGCAUUGCAUCAUGCAGACAGCCAUAUGUCACCUCUUGGACAUGGCAGUGAUAGAGCCAGUCCCUAUAACAGAGAGGUCGGAAGGAGUGUACUCCCUCCUAUUUGCUGUGCCCAAACGAGAUAUAUCAUGGAGGGCGGUAUUGGACCUCAAGUUCAUUAACCGUUUCGUAAAGUACCGCAGGUUCAAAAUGCAAUCCCUCCACUCCAUUACAGAAAGCCUUCAAGAAGGAGACUUCCUGGCCUCUAUCGACCUAAAGGAAGCAUAUCUCCAUGUGCCUAUUUGCAUAGCCCACAGAAAAUUCCUGCGGUUUGCUUUCGGCCCCCAGCAUUUUCAAUAUCGAACGAUGCCGUUCGGACUUUCAUCUGCCCCGAGAGUCUUUACCAAGGUGCUACUCAUACUAGUGGCUUACCUCUGGCUUCAAGGGGUGCACAUCUGCCCCUAUUUGGACGAUCUUUUAAUACGGGCAAGUUUGAGUGAGCGGGCUCAUCAACAUCUAAAGCUCACGCUUCAUGUCUGGCAGACCCACGGCUGGUUGGUCAAUUUUGACAAAAGCCAUUUACAACCAACCCAGCGCCUACAACAUCUAUGGGCGAUGUUAGACACCAAGCAGGCGAUGGUUUUUCUGUCCUCAGACCGCAUAACUGCUGUUACAGACAUUGCAAGAUCUCUGAUGCGCCAAGCGACCGCAGAUGUCAUGCUUCUAGCCAGGGCUCUCGGAAUGUUGGUGUCCACCAUCCAUAUUGUGCCAUGGGCUCGCGCACAUACUUGCCAUCUUCAGUGGGCUUUGUUGCCAUUUCAGCAGGACAUCGCCAACUCAAAUCAUCGAGUGAUCCCCCUGAGCUCAGCACUGCGUCUGUCAUUUCGCUGGUGGACGAGGGUUCCAAACCUCACCCAGGGCACUCUGUUCAAAGAACCCUGCAGGACUGUCGUCACCACAGAUGCCAGUCUCCUUGGCUGGGGAGCCCACUGCAAUUCCCAGUUCGUUCAGGGGGUUUGGACCGCAGCAGAGCAGACUCAGAGCAUCAAUUGGCUGGAGCUAAAGGCUGUCCACUUUGCUCUGCUCCAUUUUCAGUCUCUGUUCCCCUUGGACCAUGUUCUCAUUCGAACGGACAACACGUGUGCCAAAUCACAUUUAAACAGGCAGGGGGGAACAAGGUCCCGUUCCCUGCAGAACCUAGCUCACCUCAUCUUCGACUGGGCAGAACAAAAUCUACAUUCCCUGAAAGCAGAACAUCUCAGGGGAAUUUGGAAUGUGACAGCAGACUGGCUCAGCAGACAACAAGUCUUUCCAGGAGAAUGGAAACUUCACCAGACUGUUUUCCAUCUUCUCCAGUGUCGGUUCGGUGUCUUCUCAGUCGACCUGUUCGCCUCCAGUCGCAAUUGCCAGCUACCCAGGUAUUUUGCUCGAUACCUGGACACGACAGUGGAAGCUGUGGAUGCUCUGUCACUACCGUGGCCAGAGGGCCUAUUGUACGCCUUCCCUCCAAUUCCACUGUUAGCCAGAACCUUGAGGAAGGCACGACGCGAGAGGGCACAGCUGGUUCUCAUAGCACCAUAUUGGCCCCGUCGACCAUGGUUCUCGGAUCUCCUUGCAAUGUCAGUGACGGAUCCUUGGCCACUUCCAGUCAGGCCAGACCUCCUAUCCCAGGGCCCUGUAUGGCAUCAGGACCCCACUUGGCUCAACCUAACAGCAUGGCUUUUGAACGGGGACAUUUGAGAUUGGCAGGCUUGUCUGACGCUGUUAUUGACAUUAUCUUGGCCUCGAGGAGACCGUCUAACACUCGUAUAUAUCAACAUACUUGGGUGGCAUUCUCCAGGUGGUGUCAGUCCCAACACCUCGAUCCUUCCCAGCCCACUAUACAACAGGUGCUGCAAUUCCUUCAUAGGAGCCUCACGAUGGGACUUAGACCCAACAGUUUACGUUGACAUGCGUCCACUCUGUCGUCCAUCCUUUCAGUGUCCUCUGCUGGUGCUCCUAUUGCCUCACAUCCAUUCAUCAAACGGUUUCUGAGGGGAACCAUGUUACGCUCACCGGCUGUAGUCCACCGUUUUCCCUCAUGGAGUCUGCCGAAGGUCCUACAGGCUUUACAACGCCCUCCGUUUGAGCCCCUCAGACUGUGCCUUUACGUCUGUUGUCAUUCAAGGUCCUGUUCCUGAUUGCGAUCACCUCUGCAAGACGAGUUUCGGAACUUGGCGCAUUGUCUUCUGCCCGCCAUCUCUGCGUCUUUCACAAGGACUCUGUGGUGCUGAAAACUGAUCCUUCCUUCCGUCCAAAGGCCUGUUGGCCUUUUCUCCUGCAUUUUUAGAUAUCUCUCUUUGGACUCGCUGCGAAUGAACUGGAGAGUGGGAGGGGCCUGACGCCCCUAGUCUUGCCUUCAAAAACAUUCUUGCCUUCGGACGAUAGGUCGAGCUAUAACCCGCAUGAUGGCAUUCCUCCUAUGAAAAUCACCCUUCAGGUGAGACCAAUGGUCCAUUUUCUUUUGAACAGUGUUUUUUAUUGUGAGCACUCAAGCUAAAAUUCUGCUGGCAUUUCUCAAGAAUGUAAUCUCGUAUCACUCGUGAUCAUGAUACCAUCCAUGUUUUUAAGGAAUAAUGAUUCACCUGCUAUCUAGUCCAUGUAAUAACUUUUUUCUUGAAAUACAGAAAAUCCAGUAAGUACAUGAUGGCUUAAAAUGUGAAUUCAU